CCAGUGCCUUUAAUGGCACCCAUUCCAGGUGGAUUGUACCCUGGAAAGAUAAUUUACAUAACUGGAGUACCUCACAGCAGUGCCUCUAGGUUCACAGUUAAUCUGGUAUGCGGAAGUAAUGAAUCUUCGGACUAUGCGCUUCAUUGUGAUGUUCGUUUAAACUUUGGCUCUAGUGCCAAUGUUGUGGUUCGAAAUCAUAAACAGAAUGGAGAGUGGGGACUUGAAGAAAGAACACAGAAUAGCUUCCCCUUUUCCCCUGGUGCAAAAUUUGAGCUAAUGAUUGUGGCAGAACAAAAUGCUUUCAAGAUUGUUGUGAACAACCAGCAUUUUACUGAGUUCCAUCACAGAAUUCAACCCCUAAACAAGAUAGACCACGUGAAUGUUGUUGGAGAUGUGCAGCUCACCCAAGUGCGGUUCCAGUAG